CAAUAAAUAACAUGCAUGAAAAGACAAUUUUAGGGGGAAAUAUGAAAACGCUUUAAGUUCAAGCUGCAAGCACAAGUUUCUUAAUUGACUGAUAAAUGUAAAAUAACGGCUUGGGAAUUGUUCAUUUAUUUGUGGAAAGCUUAAGAUAAAGCAGCCGACACGCAGCCCAGACUUCACUGAACUUGUUCAUUAGAUCAAACUUCCCUAAACACAAAGCCACGCUCCUAAAUGAUUAAUACUUUCGGCUCCCCGCUGUGUCAGGACAAUAACAGCGUCGUGAUUGAGUUACAAUAUACAAUAGGAGACAAAAACUGUCGAGCUUUGUCGAAUUGUUCCUUGACAGGGUCAGAGGGGAUUGUGCGAUUGGCUGCUGCCUUCGGAGGCUGCAGGGCUGUCAGAGCUGCUGGAGCGCUGGGAGUGACACCAAGGUGACCAAGGAGCGGCUGUAUAAAAUGCUGGCGCAGUGCAAAACACUCCAGAGACGAAGGCAUCGGCCACAGUCCUCUGUGUGACCCUUCCCGCCCUGCCGUACACAACCACAGGCCAUUACAGUGAUGACUGCGAAAGCAGAGAUCUCGAGCUGGCCAGAGUAUCCGGAGGAUUUCAGCCUGCUGCAGCAGCGCAGCCUGGCACAUAUCAACUCCAAGUCUUGGAUUUCAUCAAAUUCCCUCCAUGCGUUCUCCAGGAGAGACGCGCCGGGAGCGGCGGACGCAGACCUCUCCGUGGAGAAACUUGUGCCAGUGGUUAAACUUCCUGACUGCGAGUCCGCUGCAGGAAUCGCAGAGAAAGACUCGGACAAGGGACCAGAGGGAGACCAGACGAGCCACUUUGGCCCACAGAAACACAGACGCGUCGCAGCCAACGCCAGGGAAAGGAGAAGGAUGCACGGCCUGAACAAAGCGUUUGACGAACUGCGCAGCGUCAUCCCGUCUCUGGAAAACGAGAGAAAGUUGUCCAAGUACGACACUCUCCAAAUGGCGCAGAUUUACAUCACUGAGCUGUCGGAGCUCCUGGCCGGCGUGGUUCACCCCGAGUGCAGCAGGAGUUCCUGUCCAGGCUCAGCUGACAAGACGGCCAGGAGGAGUCUGAUUCACUCUCUCCGACCAGCAGCCACUGCGCAGCCCCCGACCCCGCUGACCGGAGAACAGCGUGACCCCCGCCCCUCCGUCGGUCACCUCAUAAUACUUGGAUCUACAUCUGACAUGGGAUCAAACAAAUUAACGACUUCUUCCAGCAGCAGUGAUGGGGAAUCUUCGCACUGCAGUGACAUGGAGGAAAGCCAGAAUGGAAGACAGUGACUGGAAGCCACUGACCACUCACUCUUAAUGCAGCAGUGUCUGAUCUAGCAAGAACCAGGAGAACCAAAUAUUCCAGCUUGUAGAAAUGUUGACCAUGUGAGAUAGUUCCACACAAUUUUCCUGUCAUGGUUAAUAGCAUAGAUGUUGCACUGCCAAGAGACAAAAGCAGUUAAAACUCAACACCGACUGAGAUUUUUUAAUCUUUUACUUCUUGAGGCCAUGGUGAGCUGCCAGAGGCCUUUUUUUAAUGCACUUUAUGGUCUGAAGCAUCACUAAAGACAUUUCUAGUGUCAUUAGUGGCAUCUGCCUAAAUUAAACAAUUAUUUUGAUAUUUAUGUAUAGAUAUUUUAUGAGGAUUGUUUUUCUACAAUAAAUUUAUAC